AUGCGCAACAAGCAAAACAGGCCGCGAGGUAACUCGCGCCCCAGAAACGAUAAUAAAGAUCGUUAUCGAGACUCGGACUCGUAUCGACCUGGAGACAGGCAUGAUCUCCCACCGAGACCGCCGCCGGGGCGCGAUGACUUUCGAUUUGGUGGUGGAGGAGGAGACUCGUAUCGUCCGCGUCCACCACAGGGUGAUUUCACGUUUCGGAUGGAUAAGCCUCCUGGGAUGCCUGAAUAUCCUGGCGAUUAUCGUGGCCCGCCGUCUGAUAGAAGAGGACCUAGACGCGAUGGUGGUAGAGGACGAGGUCGAGGCAGAGGUGGCAGGAGAUGGCAACCCCCGCCUCACCCCUCCGAGCGCGCACUUGUAUCCGGCGCGACACAGAAUCUGCCCGAGGAGCGAUUAGGUGAGGAUGGUAUCGCCAAGUUCCGCGAUCUAGACCAGAUAUCCGAUGAUGACGAGCUUGAUAUGGACAUCUCUGAUUCAUCCGAGACCGAGGGUCCGUCAAAGAAGCGUGCCAGAACCGUGAGGGAUGAUGCAUCUGGCGAUACUGCGCCCAAGUGGUCUAACCCAGACCCCUACACAGCCCUGCCUUGCCCGGAUGACACUACGCGAAAGAAGAUGGAUAUGGUUCAGUUCAUCCGAAAGGCGCGUGUUGAAGAGGAGAAGAAGAACAAGCCCGCCGCUACUACCGAAGCUGAAGACUUCAUCUCUUUCGACCUUACCGAAGAUGAAGAGAGCGAGGAAGAACAGGAAGCGCCACCACCCCCUCCCCGCGAUCCCCCGCCUACUAUCGCACAGCCGCCGCCGCCUCCCCCGAACGCGCCCUCUGGUCCCAGAGCCGAUCUCGAAAAGCCACGGUCGGCCGUCAAUGAAGCGCAAGAGGCUCGACGAGCCGCCAAUGACGCUCUUGGCUCGCGCAAACGAACUGCAGACGACGUCAUCAAGCCCCCGGAUUAUGGACAAUUGAAGAAGGCCACCACAAAGCCAUCCAAGGGUUCGUUAUUACCCAGCUGGGCACCGAAGGUCAAGGAGGAUCCUUGUCCUUGGGAUAUGUAUGAUCAUUCGGCUACUACUAACAUGGCAUUUCGUCUACACAAGGAGAUCAUGGACUUUUACGAAUACGUCCGACCCCGCGACUUCGAACAGCGCAUCCGCGACAACCUCGUCGAAAACCUUCGUAAGGCGAUGCGACGCGACGGCCGAAACUUUGCCAGCGCACAAGUCCAUCCCUUCGGUUCCUUCAUGUCCGGCCUUUAUCUUCCCACCGCAGACAUGGACCUCGUCGUCUGCUCAGCUAGCUUCAUGCGCGGCGGUCCCCCGACGUACCUCUCCGCCAAGAGCUGGUUGUAUAAGUUCCAGAAGUUCCUGGUGUCGCAACAAGUAGCCGAACAGCACUCUAUCGAGGUUAUCGCCCACGCUAGAAUCCCGUUGGUCAAGUUUGUUGACAAGCAGACCGGUCUCAAGGUCGAUGUCUCAUUUGAGAACUUGGGUGGUGUUGGAGCCAUUGAUACCUUUUUGCAGUGGAAGGAGCAGUAUCCUGCUAUGCCUAUCCUUGUGACUGUGAUUAAGCACUUCCUUCUCAUGCGUGGAUUGAAUGAACCUGUGAAUGGUGGUAUCGGUGGCUUCUCGGUUAUUUGCUUGGUCGUCAGCAUGUUACAGCUUAUGCCACAGGUCCAGAGUCGAAGUCUUAUUCCUGAACAUCAUCUUGGCGAGAUGCUUCUUGAGUUCUUUGAACUUUACGGUUACGAUUUCCACCAUGAGAAGAACGCUAUCUCUCUAACCAGACCAGUCGGAUACAUUCGCAAAUCGCACGUCAACAGCUUGACAUACAAGAACUACGAUCGUCUCUCCAUCAUCGACCCCAACAACCCUGCCAACGAUAUCUCAGGUGGUUCGGCCAACACACCAGCCAUCUUGUCCCGCUUCAGGGAAGCCUUCGAACUGCUACGUGACAGGAUGAGUGACAUCUCACGUAACCCCAACAAGGGUAAUAUCCUCGAGGUGAUUCUCCAGGGCGACUACUCGUCGUUUAGAAUGCAGCGGGAUUUCAUUCGUCAUGUGCACGAGCAGCACAUCGGUCCCUGCUAA